GCCAAUGAUCUUGGUUCACUCACAACACGUCCCAGCACCUGGCUCGAGAGGUUGCGUCCCACUUAAACUCAACUCUCUUCAUAACACGUGACAACAGUCUGUCUGAUGUUUUACUGAAGCCCUUAAACACCGGGGCCAUACAAGACGGGCAGCACUUUGAGAAUCUCACUCCACCGGGCGAGUGAACACACACACACACACACACACACACACACGAGCCAGUCAAGAUAACUAGCUGAGUGUGAAAGGAAAGAAAUGCAGUCUGUGGUAAAACAAAACCUCCAUUUGGAGACCGAAGGAGACUUGAACAAACUCAUCAACCUGAAGCUCAAUGCAUCCUACACCUACCUUUCUCUGGGGAUGUAUUUUGACAGGGAUGAUGUUUCUCUGCCGAAAUUCUCCUCUUUCUUCCUGGAGCGCUCGGUGACAGAGAGGCAACAGGCUGAGAAGCUGCUGGAUUAUCAGAACACGAGAGGAGGUCGAAUUUUGCUUCAGAUCAUAACUAAACCAAGUAGAGAGGACUGGGGAGGUGGUCUGGAUGCAAUGUCCUUUUCCUUGGACUACCAAAAGGUCCUAAAUGCAUGUGUUCUCGACGUGCACCGUAGAGCUGGCCUCCACACGGACCCUCAUCUGUGUGACUUUCUCGAGCAGCACUUCCUCGCCGAUGGCUAUGACACCAUCAAGAAGCUGGGCGAUUACAUUGGCAGUCUGACCCGCAUCUCUGCGUCUAAGACACACGGUGCUAUGGGAGAAUACCUCUUUGACAAACACACUCUGUAAAGGUCACACCAGUACAAGGAAAUAAGCUCCGCAUUACAAAAGAUACAGAGUCAACCGAAUAGUGUGCGUUCUGCUCCGUUAAGAAAACUAUACAAUAUUGUUACAAUUUACAACAUUUAUUCUUGUACGAUGGGCACGAGAAGUUCUAAGGAAAAUAACAGAAAAUACCUCAAUUUUAAAAUAUGUUCCUAUUAAUAUGGUGCUAAAAACUAUUUUCCUCAGCUGUUAAUUAGUCACUUCAUGUAGACUCAGUUGUAUCAUGUGCCAUUCAUUCCAGUGUGUCAGAUAUUUUAACUUUCACAAAUGUUGGAAUUCAUACUAUUUUGAGUCGAAUACAUAAUUUAAGAUUUGGAAUGUGAUUGAAACAUUGAAUAAAGAGUAUGCUGACAUAACA